AUGUUUCCUUUUUUUUUCUUGUUCUGGUCUGGAAGCUUGGCCUCGCAGAAUGGGAUGGGGUACUGGGGCAACCCGCCUAUUGGUGCAUUCAUCAUGCUUCGUGUAGGGAAGCCGAAGAAUGCGCGAUCGAAGCGUGCGCUCGAGAAGCGCGAAUCGAAGGAAUUCGAACAUGCAAAAACGGCUAUCUUUGUGAAAGGCACAAAGACGUCAGAAAAGGUGAAUAUGGCACUCUCGGAGCUGGCAUUACUCAAGAAGCCAGACGCCGUGGCGUUUAACAAGCGAAACGAUGUUUUACCAUUCGAAGAUGCGUCUAGUAUUGAAUUCUGGGGCCAAAAGAACGACGCAAGUUUGUUUGUGGUCGGAAGCAGUCAAAAGAAGCGACCUGAUAACCUGUGCUGGGUCCGUUUGUUCGAUGGACAGGUUCUCGAUAUUCUUGAAAUGGGUGUUUUACACGCGACAGCAUGA